UCUAAUCCCAUAGAUGGUAAACACUUUGAGAAACUAUUCCUCAGUCUUGGCAGUCUCUUUGAAGCAACGUCACUGAAGCUAUUCCCGACUAAGAGCAACAGGAUAGGGCAUGCCAGGAGCGAAUCUGAAAACUGGGAUAGUUUCUCUACAGGAAAAAAAAAGGCUUCGAAAACAAGAGACAACGCUUCCCUCAAGGUGUGGAAAGCUGUAGUUGUUUUAUCUCCUACCAUGAAGACCUUGGCUAGUCAUUCUCCUGUUCUCUUCCUACUACUUCUGGCAGUUCCAGAAUUUACCCAGACAAGUAUUAGUUUUCCAGAGGAAUGCGAAUGGUCUGGAGGCAAAUGCCAGGUGGCCCGAUGUUUACUAAACUGGAGAGAAAUUGGAAAAUGUUCAAGGCUGGUGCCAUGUUGCACUAGAAACAUACCCUAUGAUGGCAGGUUCCAAUCUGAUGACAAUAUCCACUAGAGAGGAGUUGUAUCUUUGUGACCUGCCAGAAUGACAAUUCACAGAUUUGAUGUUGGAAAAUCAUACACGAGCCCAAACAUUUUAGUUUUUCAGCUUGCCUUAUUGCUUGUUAUUUUCUUCUUCUGUAGUUGGGCAAUACAUGGGUUCUCUUGAGUUCAAUCCAUGCCACCAAAUCCAAUGCAUCAAAAGAGAUUAUGCAAUGUAAAAUAUGUAAUGCUCAAUGCAGAGUACUUUCAAAUACUCAGGUUUAGAACAAAGCCAUAUUUUUGUAUUCCAGCUUUGCACAGUCAAAUAAUAUAUGAAGACCCAGUGCUGAGUUUUCAGAAACAUUCACUUUAGACAUAUGAAAGCUUAUCUUUGUUCUCUGAUUUGCUGUGGUUCUGUAUAGUGUACCAAUAAACUUUUGUGAUGCUGAA